AUGGCCGAUGUGGAUUUUAGUGAACGCGCUGCCGAUGCGGCGAGCGACUUCUUCUACCAGAUCUUUGGCGUUGUGGACACCGGUGUGAGACGUCUGUGCAAAAACACCUACGCCUCCUUCGCAGAGGUCAGCGGAAAGCGGUGGACAAAGGUCAUCCUCAGUGUGAUUUUCUACAUAAUCGUCCGGCCCUACAUCGAGAAGUUUUUCAAGUACCUGCACGACCGCGAGCGCAAGAAGGAGAAAGAGAAGAAGGAGAAGGAGAGGGCCGCACUGGGCGGGAGGAAGGCCAAGACGUCGGCCAAUUCCCUGCGUGGCGGCGAGUCCGGCAAGGUUCUCGGCGAGGUUGAGAACACGGAUGAUGAGGUCGAGGAAGGAGAGGAGGAUGAGCUGGCCCAGGCCAGUGGUGUGCCGGAGUGGAACAAGAUGGCCCGCCGCCGCCAGAAGAAGUACUUGAAGAACUUGGAGAAGGGCCAGCGGGCGGAGAAGCUGUCGGAGGACCAGAUCAUGGAGUUGCUGGAUUGGAGUGACUCCGAGCAUGAGCCUACCAAGACGGCCGAAUAA